AUGCUAUUCAGUCCACUAGGCUCCAGAGACUUGACACAUAAGCAGUUUCAUAUCACUAGCACUCUUGACUGGAAGAAUACGAGCCGAUUCAGCAGAGCAGGAUGUUGUUGGGGGCUUCACUCAUGCAUGGGCCAUUCUGAAGCAGUGAUAGUAGCAGUGCCGGCCGAAAUCUGGAAACCUCAAAAGCCUCGCUACUUAAGCUUAGCAGAGACUAUGCACAGCUUGCAUGUCUUUAUAUCGCUGGAUCGAGCCCACCAUAACCAAGAAUCGUCUACAAUUUCCUGUUCAGUAUCUUCGGUAGAUGGUAUUGGCGGAGAAAAUGGACGUUACAAUGGUGCUCAAGAAGGAACCAUCUACCAGUCCCUGGUCCAUGACUCCAGCUGGUUCAUGUCUUUGCCAGCCGGCUUUAGCAUUGGAACAGCACACGGCUUCUCAAUUUCCUCACUGGCCGCUCCUACUCACCGCCUUUCCCCUUUACCCGCCUGUUCACCCGUCAGUACUACUUACGGACGAGUAUCACUUCGUAUUCUGGAAUUAUGGCUCACGCAUCUCACAAAUAUUUUCAAGACUUUCAUGGUCACAUCGACACGAGAAAGGAUUAACAUAGACGAUCUUCUCGACCCCGCCCAUGCCAACGAUGGAGAGAAGUUCUGCGACAAUCGAAGACCGUCGCGUCGCUUUUCUGGCAAGACCGAAAAAGAUACAAUCACACACAAGAUUCAACCUGGGUCGAGAGGGGAGAGAAUGCUGCCUCGCAAGAUUUAUGUUUGUCCCAUGGUAGGAUGCUCCAAAAUCUUUCCAACUUAUGCCAAGAAAAUGAAUCAUUUUCGCCGGAGGCACCUUCCCAGUGCGACCGAGGACCGUCCUAAGGCACAGUUUUACAAUCCACCUAGCCUCGAAAGUCACCAAGCAGCGACCAAAGGCUGCCAGAAUAGCCACAGCUGGAAUCGUGUUCGCGUGAGUUACCCAAGGCUACUGUCAGUACCACUACCGUCCAAUCCUAUUGACAACUAUUCGUGGUCUACAGAGGGACAGUGGUCAGCAUAUAUUGGAGCCUCAUGA